GAACCAAGCUUAUUCGCUGCACGGCCAUGAUCAAAGAAUCGCAUCGUCUCACCAUCCGAGAACAAGCGGCCCUUGGCUACGACGGCGACAACACCUACGUGUCGCACCGAGCCGACGCCUACAAGCUCAGCAAGCCGCUCGACAACAGCUGGAGCAACGACAUAGCCUGGGUCGGCCACGCCUUCGGUUCAACAGAACACGCGCUGAAGAUUCGCCCAGUGUGGUUACGUGAAAUACUUGAAGGCACAGACCCCGAGCGUCGUGCGCGUGAGGUCAUAGCAUCAGCCGUGAUCGAACGCGUGACGCCAGGUGCAAAAACAGUGGAACUUCGCAGCAAGCCAUGUCCAUCGGACCGCAUAGGGUGCAAGAUCAGUUUGAUGGAGACCGGGACCAAAACCAUCAAGGGAACCGCCAUCCUGGCAGAAUCGCGUGCCCUUACCGUCGAGGAACAGAUCACUUUCGCCGGCGUCCUGCAGGCGCAUCGCUGUGUACUUCAAACACACAGCACCCAGACCGGCUCGCAGGCAUUGAACUACAAGGCCAAUCAGACUUAUGCGUGGGUCUUGCAGGACGUUCGCGCCCAUCCGGAACCUUUCGAGGCAAGUGUCACAACUCGUACGAAGGAGUGCGGACAAGAGUACUCGCACAGGUGCCAGCGUGGGCGGCGCGUGGAGCCGUGA